AUGCCUCAUCCAGCCGUCGAGCCGCCGUGCACCGUCUGCUCCACGGCCCUCUCCCUGCCGCCGGACCGGAACCCCAACUACAGGUGCAACACCUCCCUCUUGGUAGAUUAUUGCCAUGAUGAUGGGACUCACAAGUACAUUCUAAUCGAUGUCGUCAAGGCCUUUAGAGAACAAGUUCUCCGGUGGUUUGUGCGCCACAAAAUUCCUUCCAUUGAUUCGAUUAUUCUCACGCAUGAGCACGCAGAUGCUGUCUUAGGCCUGGAUGAUCUCUGGGUGGCACUACCGAGUAGUCAGAGAAAUGAAAAAAGUUCCUAUUUUUCUCACCCAGUUCACAAUGGACAGAAGCUGCAGGAAGGUGAUGACUUUGCCAGACCUGCUCAACUCGAUUGGACGAUCAUUGAGGGUGAUGUUGACAAGCCAUUUGUAGCAUCGGAGCUUGAGUUUUGGCCGUUGCCAGUCAUGCAUGGAGAGGACUAUGUCUGUUUAGGCUUCUUAUUUGGGAGGAAAGUCAGAGUUGCGUAUUUAUCUGAUGUCUCAAGAAUUCUACCUACAACUGAGCAUGCAAUUUCGAAGUCUGGUGCCGGACAAGGGCAACUAGAUCUACUUAUACUAGAAACAAACAGGUUGCAUGGGGCGAAUGACUAUCGUAUCCCGUAUAGGUCAGCACCCAAGCUCCUCACGCCAGGUUGCUUGGCCUCCACUUCUGAUGGCGUUCCCAUAACUCAGGCGGGCCUUAUCUUCGUCAGCCAUCCUGAUGGUGUUGGGCCUAUAUCGGGUCAGUGUGGUAUUCUGGGUCCAUAUCACCGACAGUCCGAAGGAUCUGAUGACAAGCCAGUCGAAUGA